CCUCGACGGCCCAGAGCCACACGCUCGUGGGAGUCACCUGCCACGGCUGCGCUGGCCGCGCCCGCCAUUCGGCGCCUGUCGUCCACUCGGCGCCUCCCAUGUGCCUAUUUCCAGAACGACGGGCGGCCCGCCGGUGGAGUCGGGCGACAGCAGGCGGGCGCCGGCCACUGCAUCGUGGUCGAAGAGCCGCUUCGCGUGCAGGCGCGCUCUGGGCGGUCAACUGCAGCUAUAUACCGCGUGCCCGCUGAGCCUGCCCUUUGGAUCGACCUUUGUUCAGUUUCGUUUCGUUUGCAUUGCACGGGCGUCCUGUUCUCCACUUCCCUUCGCUUCGCUGUUGAUAAUGCUGGUCUUGUGUUGAGCUGUGUCCAUUCUCCCAGUCAAGUCAAAUACUCCCGUCUCUCUCUGGGACUGAUUCCAUUCGUCUGCCACCCAUUCUCUGUUGGUUCUCGUGUUUCUGCAUUUCAAAAUGAGUCGCCAGGCUGGUCCCAAGCUCUCACGCAUAUCUCUUCUCCUGCUUGCAGCCGUCAUGAUUCCGGCAGCAACAGCAUCCUCUCUUUUCCUCCGGGCCGAACCAGUAUGUGGAGGCAAGUCGAACCUCCAACAAUGCGGCGGCGACCUCCCAGCCAGCUUCUGCUGCGCAUCCGACACAACCUGCACGACCGUCAACUCGACCAUCCAAGCCGUCAUCUGCUGCCCCAAAGGCAAGGACUGCUCCACCAUCCAGACAGUUCCCUGCGAUACUACCCAAUACAAUGCCACUCUCUUCCCAGACAACCAGAUCCAUUUCGCCGAGACCGCGGACGUCGAGCUCCCCAAGUGCGGCGACGCCUGCUGCCCCCUAGGCUACAAGUGCAGCAACGGCAUGUGCAUCGCCUCUCAAGACACGCCCUCCUCCACCGUCCCAAUCCCCACGUCCUCCCCAACCACCAGCCCAGCCUCCGCCUCCCAGUCCUCCGGCUGCCCGCCGGACGCCCUCCCUCCGCCAGCGUCCUCCUUCGACGCCAAAUCCUUCGCAGCUGGCUUCUUCCCAGGACUCCUCCUCGGCGCGCUGGGCGUCAUCGCCUUCAUCUGGCUGACCAAGCGGCGCCGCGAUGCCAAAGCUGCCCGGUACAGCGGCGAUUUCGGACACGUCGCGCGCACCAUCAGCGACCCCAUCUACGACCCGCAGCACGCGCAGCGCACUGAUUUCAUCCGCCGGGGCUCGCACUCGGUCAGCUCGACGCCCAGUGUGCAGAAGCCGAUCGGCACGCGGGCAGCCGGCGGAGGCGGCCAUGGCCUCACCCCCCGCAUCAAGAGCAUGUGGGACCGCACGCCGAAGCUGGCCAUGGGCGUGUGGUCCGGCCUGCCCCUUACACCGACGCUGAAUCUCCAGCCCCCUCCGCCCGCCAUGCGCGCCGGCGACCCCCUGCGCGAUCCCUACCGCACGCCAGGCCAGACGCCCUCCCAGCCGUCCCCCGAGUCCGACGAGGGCGCCACUCGCACCCACUCCCGCCGACGCAAGCGCAAGCACAGCGCGAAACCCUCCCGCCGGCCCCUGGAAACCCCCACGCGGUCCACCAGCUCCGAGACCAUCGACGUCCUGAUGCCCGCGCCCAGCUUCCUCGAACCUCCCAAGGCGCCGGCGAUGCGGGAGAAUCGGAUGACGGCCGACUCGGGCCACACGACGUUUACAAAGUUGAUGGAGCGGGCGGGGUAUGGCGAGGAUAGCAGGGAGAGUGUGAGGAAUUUGUCUUCGGCCGGAAGGAUAUAGGAUAAGGCUCCUUAUCCGUGACGGGUCUUUUUGCUUUGGCGGCAUCUGUUCUUUGCUUUGUUCUUCUUCUUCUAAUGUUAGCGCUGGCGUUGCAUCAUUCGCUUUGAUUAGGGGGAUAUUUUGAUGGAGGCGUUGGUAAUGGGUGGUCGGUUGGUGAAAUGUGGAUAGGGAUGACUUGGGGGGAUAUGAUACCAGGCACUGCCACUCCUUUGUACGCCGACUGGCUCUUUCAUGCAUAUACAUGACUUCUUUUCGAAUACAUAUUUUGAAU